AGGCCUGCGCCGCUCACCGAGCUCCCCAGGCUGCUGCACCGGAGAGGCGGGGCGCGAGCGACUGUCGCAGCCGCUUUUCACGGCUGUCGCUUGAACGUUCGGCCCCAACAUGGCGGCGGCCGUGAGUGGCGCUGAGGGGGAAGCGAAGGAGAAGCCGGAGGCGGGAGAAGGAGCGAGGAGCGCCGCCGCCGUGGGAAGCGGCGAGAGCGACGAUGAGGAGGAGGACGUCUUUGAGGUGGAGAAGAUCGUGGACGUCAAGACCGAAGGGGGUGAAAUAUUAUACAAAGUACGAUGGAAAGGAUAUCCACCUGAUGACGACACAUGGGAACCUGAGGCUCAUUUAGAAUACUGCAAAGAAGUACUACUUGAGUUCCGAAAGAGAAUAGAGGAUGCUAAGCCUAAACCAAUUAAAAAAGAGGUACAGAAGUUGCCUUUAAAUGAUGACCUGUUUGAAGCAGAUUCUGAAGCUGACAGUGACUGGCAAAGUGAUACAAAAGGAGACCUCUCGCCAAAGAAGAAAAAGAAAAAAUCUAAAGAGAGGGAGGACAAAAGCCAUGAUGAGGUGAAAAAGAAGAAGUCUAAACCAGUAAAAGUUAAAGAGAAACCUGGGCUAGAACGUGAAAAUUCCUCUGAUAGUUUGGCUUCAGAUUCAAAACCAAAGAAAAGGAUCUCAGAGUCGAAAGAAGAUACGAAAGAGUCAAAAAAACAGAGGAGAGAAGAUAUUAAAGAUCUUAGUAGAAAGAAGGGGGAUGUCAAAGACAUAAAGAAAAAAUUUAAAGAGGAGUCUAAACAUUUGCAAAAGGAAAAGUACAGUGCCCUGCAGCUUGAUGCUGAAUCCAGUAUGCAGGAAGACUCAUUCUCUCAGGCUGCUGAUAAUGAGAGCUUGGAUUUGGACUCUGACAGCAGUGAGGACAGGCAUAAAACAUUUCUUGGGAAAAACCAGUCAGAAGAAGAUACUGUGUCCAGGGUUUCAGCUGUUGACAAGCAUCCAGAUAGUUCAUCAAGCACAGAUGAUAGCUAUGAAGUGAAAGUUAAGAGAAAAAAGAAGAAACACAAAAAGGCUGAAGAAUUUGAGGAAAGUAGAAAAGUGGACACUAAAGACAAGUAUCUGGAGAAGAAAAGCACACACAAAAAGCAGAAGCCUCCAGAAAAAGUAAAAGCUGCUGGUGAGUUAGAUAAUAAAAAGCCAGCUGCACCGGCUCCAGUGCAGAAAAGUUUGAAAGGGUCCACUGAGGAACGAGGGCGCAAGUCCACUGAUUCAGCUGGCGAGGUAAGCAAUCAUACGAAACUGAAAAGCAAAGAAGCUAAAUUGGGCCACGUAUAUGCCAGGGAUGUAUGUCAGAAGGCAACACCUGCGGAUGGCAAAGAGAAACAUACAAAUUGGAAGGCUGAAGAAGAGAAAAUGAAAGAGAGACCUGCACAUUCUGUAGGGGAGAGUUUGUUUGAAAAAUUUGUCCUGGACUCCGAAUCCAGUAAAGGAGUGAGCACAGUUGGCAAGAAGAGUCUCUCUAAAAGUAAUCUGAAUGCAGAGGACACCCCAAAGGAAAGAGGCACCUUAUCUAAGGAGAAGGAAGCCAAAAAAAGUGACACAAAAGACAAACUGCACAAAAGGCAUGACUCUGAAAAGGAAGAUAGGAGCCGGAAAGAACAGAAGGGAUUGAAAAGCUUGAAGGAGAUCAAAAGUGCAUUUGAUGUAUUUAGCAUCUCUUCGGAAGAAAAAAAUGAAUACUUGGACAAUCGAAAAAGAGAGGAGUCGGCACAGGACUACAGAUCUACAGAAGACUUCAGAUCAAAAGACAGACAAUUAUGUAGGGAUAGCAGGAGCACAAGAGAUGAGACAGAUACCUGGGCUUAUAUUGCUGCUGAGGGUGACCGUGACAUGAUUGAGGACAGUUCUGGUAAGUCGAAAGAGUGCAGCUGGGAACAGAGGACCUUUGUUGUUUGCUCUCCUCACUCAGAGCACCUGCCAGAAUCAGAUGCAAAGCAACAAACUGUAAGUUUGGGCAUGGACAUGCAGUUAGAGUGGCUGACGCUGGAAGACUUCCAAAAGCAUCUUGAUGGAGAUGAUGAUAAUCACUUGUCAGCUGAAGGGAUAUCAUCUACUCAGUUGCGGGAUGCUGUUAAAAAUGGAAACUAUACUACAGUAAAGAUGGCAUUUAAUUCAACCGAAGACUAUAAUCUUGAUCAGGAGGACUCUAGUGGGAUGACUCUUGUGAUGCUCGCUGCUGCAGGAGGUCAUGAUGACAUCCUUCGACUUCUCAUCCGGAAAGGAGCUAAAGUUAAUUGCAGGCAAAAAAACGGAACUACUGCAUUAAUACAUGCAGCUGAAAAGAACAAUCUAACAACUGUAGCCAUUCUUCUGGAAGCUGGGGCAUGUAUGAAUUUGCAGCAAAACAGUGGUGAAACUGCUUUAAUGAAGGCUUGUAAGAGAGGGAAUUACGACAUUGUCCGUCUAAUGAUUGAGAAUGGAGCGGACUGCAACAUUUCAUCAAAGCAUCAGAGCAAUGCCCUUCAUUUCGCCAAACAGUAUAAUAACCUACAAGUCUGUGAGCUCCUCAGCAGUCAUUUGGCUACACUCUCACGGGUGGCAGAAGAGGCAAUCAAGGAUUACUUUGAGGCUCGUCUUAUCUUGAUGGAACCUGUGUUUGAUAUUGCGUGUCAUCGGCUUUGUGAGGGACCAGAUUAUUCUUUGGAUUUCACCUAUAAGCCCCCACAGAAUGUGCCAGAAGGAUCUGGGAUUCUUUUAUUCAUUUUCCACACAAACUUCUUUGGGAAAGAGGUGGUUGCUCGCCUUUGUGGACCAUGCAGUGUGCAAGCUGUAGUACUGAACGACAAAUUCCAGCUGCCUAUAUUCUUGCCUCACAGAGCCUGGCAUCCUAGCUGGACAGAGCAGCUCGCUCAGCGGAUCUUCCAGGAUAGUCACUUUAUUUACUCCUUCAGUCCUAUUCCAGGCCUUAACAAACUCUUCAUACGGUUGGUAGAAGCUCCUACUGCCAAGGUAAAGCUGCUGAUAGGUGCGUAUAGAGUGCAGUUGCAGUGAUCUCAUGAAGCUAACAUUGAUGCCAUUCUUUUGCUGGAUUACCUCUGGUUCAUUUUUCCAUUUGUUGUUUUUUGGUCUGAAAAAGCAGUUUGGAACUCCUGGUGCAUUCAAUGCUUCAUCCUCAGUUUUUUACUUGGACUCUAUUUACAUGUGAACCUAUGUGCUACCUAGCAGAUGUUCUGCUUAUAAAGUUGGGGUGGGUUGGCUUUAUUUUGUAUAGAUAUCGCUGUAAUUGUGCCAAUGAUUGUAAUUCCAUUUUGAAGAUGUAAAGUCCAGACUGCGUAUCCUAGCAUUUCCACAGUGUGGAAUUGUGCAAACACCAUAAGAUAAACUAAAACUUUUUUAAAAGGCAAGUUCAUGACCGUUUGUAAAAACUAAAAUUUUGUCCUAACUGCAGCAGUAAUAGUUAAGCUAUUUUCUUUCCAAGCAGAACUGUACUUCCUACUGCUGUUAUGAUACAGGACAGCCAAUGAAGAGUGGUGUAAUUAGGAUAUUUUGGGUAUAAUAGAGUAGUUUAUGGAUGGCUGCUUAGGAAGCAUUCACAAAGGAUUGGUUAGGCAUAAUGUUUAUAAAGUUUUAAAUGGUCAUACUCUAAAAACAAAACACCCCACAUAGUUUUACAGAUACUUUCAGGUUAUUUUUGUAAGACAGGCCAUGUUUAUACAUGUAUUCUAACCUACGUUGAGAUAUGCCCCAAAAAUCCCAUUGCCCUCUAUAAAUUACCCAUUUUUAUUGGCUGACAGCAGUUCUGUAAUAGUUCUGUGCUAAUAAAAAUGUAAAACAUCUGCAUGAUGAAUAAUAGAAAACUACUUGUUUGUAAAAUUAAACCUUAUGAGAUAAACUUUA